CAUUUCAUUCCGAACUUUAAUAAUGAUUUGUAUAAAAAUAUUUUGGGCUCUUUUAGCCAUUUUUUUCUCUAAAUUUGGUAAUGGAGAAGAAUUUAGAAUAAUUGGGGGUCGAAAAGCAACCACCCUCGAAUUCCCUUAUCAAGUAGAAUUAGAAAUGACUUAUAUGCACAUGUGUGGAGGAUCCAUAAUUUCCAAUAAUUUCAUAUUAACUGCGGCUCAUUGUGUAAAAUCAGUUGAAAACUACAAAAAAUAUCCUGCGACAGUAUUUCGCCUACGUGUCGGUGCCGAUUCUACAAGUAAAGGUGGUGUAAUUUAUAAUGUUGAAAAAGUUAUAUGCCACGAAAAGUACAGGGAGGAAGUUCCUAAAGAUGAAUUCGAUAUUGCUCUGGUAAAAACUACCGAACCAAUAAAAUUUACCGAUAAUAUUAAACCUAUUGAACUAGUAUCGAAAGAACCAUCGGAAGGUGACAUGGCAUACGUUACCGGUUACGGAAGGGAACAAAUAAUGAGAAGCGGAAUGCUUGCUAAUCAUUUAAUGGCCGUGGAAUUGCCCGUUGUAGGCCUUAAAAAAUGUCAAAAAAAAUUGAAAGGAGUUGCAAACGACAUGAUAUGCGCAGGAUUCGAAAAAGGAAAUAAAGAUGCUUGCGUGGGAGACAGUGGGGGUCCAAUGGCAGUGAAUAAUAAAUUGGCCGGAGUUGUAGCAUGGGGUAAAGGUUGCGGUCAAGAAGGUGUUCCAGGGGUUUAUACUAAUGUCGCGCAUUAUAGAAAAUGGAUUGAUACGCAUAUGAAAGAAAAUUCAUGAAAAAUCUAAACAUUUGUAAACAUUAUUAAUAAUAAAGAGAGAACU